GUAGCGCUUUUAUUGAUUAUUUUCAAGUUGCCUAUGUUAUAGAUGGUGUUGUCAAGUACUCCCUCCGUUCGGAAUUAGUUGUCGCAAAAAUGGAUAAAGUUGGAUGUAUCUAGAAUUAAAAUACAUCUAGAUACAUUAAUUCCUUCGACAAGUAAUUUAGAACGGAGGGAGUACGAAGAAACCAGUUUUUUUUCCCUUUUGCUAUUUCGGAUCUCUAUGUGUUACAUUGAACAAAUACCUUCAUUUUUGGAACAUGUAUGUAUCCUAGAUGCUGGAUCCGUCUAAAUAAUUUGGGAAACAAAGGCGCCAUUUUCUAGUUUUUGUCCUAGUUGUGUCAUGAAGAAACUCAGCACUUGUCCUAGCUAGCCACAUGGUGAAGACACCUGGUACUUGUUCUAGCUUCAUCCAGCGAGGUUGAACCAAUCCAUAAUCUAUAUAUGUUUGAUGCAUAUGUUCCAUUCCGAGAUGAGCAACGACUUUGAAUUAGUGCAUUGAUGGUGCUGAACUAUAUAUACUUUGACUCCGGUGCAGUUUUCAUAUGAACAUACGUGUCCGGGGAAUAGCUCGCGGUCUUUGUUCUGGGAAGGAGAUAAACUAAACUAGACGUUUGAGAAUUGAGAUUAGAGAUCAGAUGGAGAUCGAACAACAGUUGACUGCUUGCUUGCUGCCACCUCCUCCCGCUCUCCAAAUUAAACAACAAGCCACGCAACUUCAGUUUGAUUAGUACUCCAUUUCACACCCCAAUGAUCCAGGAGACUUGAGUGCAAGUUUAUCUUUCCUUGUGUGUAUAUGUAGCUCAUAUGUGAUUACGCGCACAAAUAACCCUCGCAACAACUAGACAGUCGCAUAAUACACGGUUGUGAAACAAACCCGGGCGCUACACCCUACAUACAUACACACACACAUACAUGGGUUGGUCACUGCCUGCAGGUAAGAAUUUCCUUCUGGCCUUGCUAGCCACCUUGUUCAUGUUCAACAGUUCUUUUUGUAAAGAACACACUCCAUGACUCCACCCGCUUCUUUCUGUAGAUAGUUGCCCCCUUGCAGUUGGAUGUAAUUUUUUCGCUUUUUGGUUGCUCUUUUAUAAGUAAACCUACCAUGAGUUUAUUUUGCGGAGUAGCAGUUUCCGUUUAGUAUAUGGUUUUAGAACAUGUAAAAUAUUCUUCGCGUGUUGAUGUUAUUUAUGGGAAGCUGUUGCUGCAUGGUGAAAGGUUGUUAUUGCCAUAUGAAGGCGCUUUAAGCAACCAAGAAUUCAGGAUGCACAAAAUUUUCAAGUUUACAUGAAACUUUCACCUAUUUCGCCACACUAUCAUACGAUAAAGCUUGAUGGUAGCUUGUCGGAAAACCCCACGUACCUGCCCUCAUGCGGAGUAGCAAUGUUCACUUUUUUUUACAUAUCCUCGAGGGCACGACUUCGGCAUCAAUACGAGCUCUCCAUCGUUGUAUGUCUCAUAGGAUUGCUAGUAUUGUAAAAACAUUCUCCAUCUUGUAUACGCAAAUAACAUGCCACGGGUUGAAUUUCUAUCGGUGGUGUCAUUUUGACCCGAUGACAAGUUUUAAAUUUUAAUACCACGUGGUAUACAUGCGUGGUGAGCAAUCCUAAUCCCGAUAAAUUUUAGUAAUAAUUUGCUUCCAUCAUCGCAAAUAUUCUAUCCAUGCCACGGUUUUUUACUUCAGACUAAGAAAUUCUAAAAUGGCUUUCAUAUCAUACAUGUCAGCUUUCCUGAAAUGACCAAUAUACCCCGCAGACAAGUCUCCCCUCCAUCUCUCUCCCGCGUUUCCCAUUCCCCUGGCCUGAACCCUCGCCCCGCCGCCCAGCACGGCCGUGGCCAGCGAGAUGUCUGACGCCGGUGGACCUCCUCCACAUGGCGCACCACCACCAGUGCGGCACCUCUGGGUGCUCCUCCGCUUCUGUCCAGUCCCCACGGCCGGCGGUCUGGUACCUCCAGUUGCCGCCGUCGCCGCCACGUGGCGUCCGAGUAUCCGGCACUAUCCGCCUACUCUGGCUUCGUCUCCGCGGCCAUAUUCCGCCGCCUCGCCGUUCUGCGCUCAGGGCUACAAGCCCCCCGUAAGGUCAGAAGCUCUUACUACUUGUUGCUGUCACGCUAAUCCUGCAGCAUAGUACCACUGUUUAUGGGUCUGGGUCUUCUGAGAGCAUCAACAUGGCACGGCCUGGCUGCCCAGACAAGUGUGGUAACGUCAGCAUCCCGUACCCGUUCGGCACUGGAAAGGGCUGCUUCCAAGAACCCUUUAAUGUUACAUGCCAUGAGAGCAGGGCAUAUCUGGCCUCAACCGGAGUUAGGGUACUAGACAUCAAUCUUACCUUUGGUGAGGUUCGUGUUCAGAACCCAAAUAUAGCAUCGCAAUGCAACUACACCAACGGCACCAAUAGCACCAGUAUGGUUGGCUUAAGUCUUGAUCCUUUUCAUAAGGUUUCCAACACCAAGAACAAGUUGAUAUCAAUCGGGUGUAGUAUGCUUGGAAUGAUUGUAGGACUGACCAAGGGCAAGAACCAGCUUGAAUUACCCAUUGUCAACUCAUGCUUUUCAUUUUGUACCGAUGCAAGUAGCGUGGAUGAUACCACAGAGUGCGCUGGCAUGGGUUGCUGCCAGUCCCCCUUUCCAGGAAACAUCAGCUCCUUCAACACCACAUCUACACCAAUACCACCUAUAUAUAACGCUACCAUCCAGUCUUUUAGCCCAUGCAGCUACUCAUUCAUCGCUGAGGUGGACUCGUUCAAGUUUGAUCGUUCAUAUGUCAGCUCUACAAAUUUCAGAAGCAAAUAUACUGAGGGGUUUCCUUUGGUACUUGAUUGGGUUGUUGGUAAUGCAAGUUGUUCUGAAGCCACCAAGAUGGGGUCACAGUAUGCCUGUCAAGCCAUGAACAGCCAAUGUAUUAAUGUGUCCAAUGGCCCUGGGUACCGCUGCAACUGCUCUCAAGGUUAUGUGGGCAAUCCUUACCUACAAGGAGGGUGCCGAGACAUCAAUGAGUGCGAACCUCCAAACCAGUCUUUGUAUCCUUGCAAAGGUAAUUGUAGAAAUACCGCUGGGAGCUACACCUGUUCAUGCCCAUCAGGAUUCAGGAGUGAUGAUCCAAAGAGCAUACCCUGCGUUCGAGCUGACCCAAACAAAGCUCUGAAGGUGGCCUUAGGCACAUCCGCCGGUGUCGUCUUCCUCAUGGUUUGCAUGUUUGCUCUACGGGCUGAAUAUCAGAAAAGGAAGCUGGCAAAAGAGAAGGAAAGAUUCUUCGAUCAGAAUGGUGGUCAGAUACUGUACCAUCAGAUUAUGUCAAAACAAGUCGAUACAUUGAAGAUAUUCACGCAGGAAGAUCUGAAGAAGGCUACAAACGAUUUUGACAAGAGCAGAGAAGUGGGCAAGGGGGGUCACGGCACUGUCUACAAGGGAAUUCUUAAGGAUAACAAGGAAGUAGCCGUGAAACGCUCAAAGAUCAUGAAUGUGGCCGAAACUGACGAGUUUGUGCAGGAGAUUAUUAUACUUUCACAAACCAACCACCGUAAUGUGGUCAGGCUUUUAGGGUGCUGCUUAGAGGUGGAAGUUCCGAUGCUGGUCUAUGAAUUCAUCCCGAAUGGCACUCUCUUUCAUUUUAUCCAUCGUAACUACGGAAGUCCACCUCCCUCGCUGGACACCCGUCUCAGGGUCGCUCAAGAAUCUGCUGAAGCACUGGCGUAUCUGCAUCUGUCCAUGAACCGCCCUAUAGUACACGGAGAUGUUAAGUCUAUGAACAUUCUCUUGGACGAGAACUACAUGGCGAAAGUGACCGACUUUGGGGCGUCAAGGAUGCUCCCCAAGGAUGAGGUUCAGUUCAUGACAUUGGUGCAGGGCACCAUGGGUUACCUGGACCCUGAGUACCUGCAGGAGCGGAAGCUAACAGAGAAGAGCGACGUUUACAGCUUUGGCGUUGUGCUGCUGGAACUGAUCACGGGGAAAACAGCCAUCUACCACGACGGCCCCAUGGAAGCCAAGAACCUCGCGUCGUCCUUCCUGCUCGCGAUGAAGGAUGGGAGCCUUGAUGCUGGCAUCCUGGAUGCUAGCAUAGUAAGCGCCUGGACGGAGACACUGCUGGGAGAAGUUACCGAGCUGGCGAGUAUGUGCUUGAGCACCAGGGGGAAAGAGAGACCUUCCAUGACCCAGGUGGCUGACAAGCUGAAGGCUCUGCGAAGCACCUGGAGGGAGAAACUGGUGCUCGAGCAUGGCCAAUCAGAGAGUCUGGUCAUUGGCUCCUCGCCUGCAGCUUUAAUGCUUCGCGUUCCUCCGCCGCUGAGCAUGUUCUCGACUGGGGCCCAGAUAUCUGAAGUAGGUAUAGAGACACCCAGAUGAUAGUUUCAAUUGAUUAUUACACCAUGCGAGUAGUAUUGCGAAGAGUGUUUGAGGCCUGGCGCUUCGAGUAUACUAUCUGUUUAUCUAUUUUUUAGAAGUAUACUAUCUGUAUUUGUGACGUUCAUGUAGAAGUUGGAAUUGGUUGUCACAACAUUUAUAGAACGGUUUUGGUUAUGUGGGAUAUUUGGCCUUGUUCGUUUAUUAUUGUGUUGCUUGCUGC